AAAAACCACCUCAACCACAUUUUGCCACUGUUUAUUCGCAGCCUAUAAUAAGAAAACUGGUUCGGUUUCACUAAACAACCGACCAUUUCCAGCUAGGCUCUUCUCAUUUGCUCUAGCUCGUAGACGUACAAACAUCUAACCUGUGAAUCGCAACUACGUACGUACAGAGAUGGGUUCUUCCGCUGGUGCCGUCCUUUUCUACUGCGUCUCUCUGUCCGUGGUCGCCGCCGCCGCCGUCGUGUCGUCCACCGCCGCGUUCGAGCUGCCACCCGACGUCGAACCAGACCGCAGCAUAUCAGAAACCGCCCUCGCUUCCUCCGCCGCGACGGCUACGACGACGUCGCGCAAGCUGAUGGGCGCCGACAGCGCAGCGCCGACUUGCCCGGUGCGAUUCGACCAGAUGAAGGGAUACGAGGCGCUGGGGGCCAAGUGCAGGAACAAGGCGACGGUGAAGGAGUGCUGCGCGGCGUUCAAGGCGCUGGCGUGCCCCUACAACAAGCUGCUCAACGACGCCGACAACGGCUGCGCGGACGAGAUGUUCUACUUCAUCCAGACCAAGGGCAAGCUGAAGCCGGGGACCAUCUUCGAGAACUGCCUCGAGCGACCCCAGGGGCUCAAGUGCUGAUCGCUGCUAGCUAGAUGCUGAUCGAUAGAUGCAUCGAUCUAUCAGGCGAUCGAUCUGCUCGGUCGCUAGCCUCCCGCUUGAUUUCUGAGGUCUUUCUCAAUGGAAAGUUUCAUUCCGUGGUUGUGAAAGCAUCAUGUCAUCCGAGAAUAUUUAGAUCGAUGAAUGAAACAUGGUCUCCGAUACAAAAUUUCAUUUCACGGUUUUAUAGGCUAAUUUAUAUUUAAUAGUGACACAUGUGAUUGGUUUGGAUGCAUGUGAAAUGCCGCAGUACUGUAGUCUUCUAUGACAGUUUCAUGGCCUAUCUGAUUUGGUG